AUGUCUGGCCCUAACACUACUUUCUCUGCUCCUAACGAUUCUCGUUUUGCUAAAACUGAACUUGGUGCCAAUUUCCGCUCCAACAAACCUGCUCCCUAUGCUGGAAUUGAGGGUUCCUAUGGCUCUCUUGAUCAACGUUAUGUCGCGAGGCAUUUCUUACAGCGCUUUGAGUCUUACAUGCUUACCACCAACGUUGGUCCUGGUGACUGGCCUCGUUGUAUCGUUAACUUCCUUCAAGGCGAGAUCUUCCACUACGCUGAAGCUUGGCAGAAGAACGUUGAGAACUUUGGUAAAACUUGGGAUCAGUAUAAACGAGAGUUCCUUGCUCGUGAACAUCCACCCAAUUUCCGUCAUCAAGUUGUUACCCAGCUUCGUCAGGCUGCUAUGAAACGUCUUUCCGUCGAAGAUUUUGAUGCUUAUGUUAAAAUUUUUCGCACUUGCCGUGGUAUUCUGGACCCUAGAGAAGAUGAUAUCCUUGAUUUGGGUUCUGAAGAAGCCGUUAAUGAAUUUGUCCAAGGUCUUCACCCUUCAAUUUAUCAAGAAUGGUACACCACUUGCUUAAUGGAUCUUGGAGAUAGAACUCACAUUCGUGAACGUCUUGAUAUCACCAUGGAGGUUUGCCGCAACCAUACUAGAUCUUUGAUGGCGCGCGCUAACCCUACCAAACCUAUUACGAGUGCUACUGAUUUUGCCGCCCUCGCUAGUUUGGAUUACUAUCCUGAUGCGAAGUCUGAUAUUGUUGCUCCUGGUAUUAUCCCGAAUGUUGUCAAGAAAUCUGCAAACCCCUAUCAACAGGCUGCUUUCGCCGAUGAUCCUAUGGAUAUUGAUGCCAUCAACGUCAGUCCUAAUGGAAAUCCCGCAGAUACAAAUACAACAAUUUUUCGGACGUCAAAAGAAAUUUUUCAAACAACAACUAUUCUAAUCGCAAUUACUCUAAUCGUGGAUCCAACAACUUUAACCGCAACAGUGGACAACGUCAAUCUCCUGGACGUUCAGCCCGUCCUACCCGCAACAACAAGAGUCCUGUUAACAGUAACAUCAGAUGUUAUAAUUGUGGCAAACUUGGUCACAAGAUGGUUGACUGCCGCUCAAAAAACGGCCUCUACCACGCCUAGAGGACAUUGGGAGUCUGAUACUUUUAACAACAUUGAGUCUAUCACACCAUCCGAGCUUUAUGCUAACAAAGUUCAAUUCGGUCGUCUUGCAAAAUCUAAGGAUAAUUCCUUAGGUGUUUGUGUCAUCAGAAUGGAAAACGAACCUGGAGGGGAGGAAGGAGUAUUACCAAAACAAUUUUCGGAAUUUAGUGAUGUCGUAACAAACGACCCACCGGAUAAACUACCACCACAAAAAGAUAUCUCACAUCGAAUUGAUACCAUUCCCACAGCAAAAAUCCCAGCAAAGCCACCAUAUCGUCUUUCACAACAAGAGAAUAAAAUUCUUACAACAGAAAUCGAAAAACUCAUCAAAACUGAAUUUAUUCGCCCAUCGUAA